CUUUUGUUAAGGAAGUAAGAAAGGGAUUGUGAGAAACCUUAGUUCACUGUCUCAACUCCUCAGCGGGGGUGGGGAAGGGCAGAGUUGUUUGUCCGUUAAAAGGAGGGAGGAGAAGGAACAUAACAGAAACCAAAAGGAGCAAUUGCCUCUCCCCAAUUCAUUAUUAAAAAUAGAUGUGGCGAGCGCAAUAAAGGCAAGGCUUAAUCCAUUGUUAUCCUCAGUGGGGCUCUUGUAUGCCCCAGAGCUUGCCCUCCCUUGAAGUAGAAGCAGGAGAGUAAACACCUUGGCAGGAACAGGAAUCAGAAAACGAAACCAAGGCUGUCAUUUCGCCCCGGGAGAGGCAGCCAUGGCAGCAGGAACCCCUGAGAAGCAGCUUCGCGAAGAAGUGACCUGCUCCAUCUGCCUGGACUACUUCGAAGAUCCAGUGACUACAAACUGCGGGCACAAUUUCUGCCGAGCCUGCUUGAGAGACGGGCUGGAGAAGAACCCCCUUUGCCCUCAGUGCAGAGCAGCCUUGAAGCCACGGCAAUUCAAGCCCAACAGGAAACUGGCAAACAUGGUCGAAAUAAUCAGGAAAAUUGAGGAGGGGAAAAACACUAAGCUGUGUAAGGGGGACCAGGAACCCUGCAAACUCUUCUGCAAGGAUGACCAGGUCCUCAUAUGCGUGAUCUGCAACCUGUCCAAGGAGCACCGAGAUCAUCACGUCGUCCCUGUGCAGGAGGCUGCCCAGGAGUAUAAGGGGAAAAUCGAGGCCCAGAUCCAAGCCCUGGAGAAAAAGAGAGAAAACAUUUUGCACCGGGAACAGGCUGAAGAUGAGAAGAAGCAGAAAUAUUUAUCACAGGUGGGAGUGGAGAAACUCAAUAUCAGGUGUGUUUUCAAGCAAAUGCAGAAGUUCCUUAAGGAAAACGAGCGCCGUUGGCUGGCCCAGCUAGGAGAUCUGGAGAGAGAGGUUGAGAAGACAUGGAAAGAAAAUGUUGCCAGCCUCUCCGAUGAGUCUUUCCGCCUCAACAUGCUUAUCAGCGACAUGGAGAGGAAGAGGCAGCAGCCAGACAGCAAAUUCUUGCAGGACAUAAAAAAUACCCUGAGCAGAUGUCAGGAGGGGCAACUGAGGCAGGUGGUGGAGCUUUCUCCAGGGCCUGAGGAAGGACUCAGAAGUUACUCUCAUAAAAGACUGGUUCUCAAAAAGGUCAUGGAAGAAAUUGAAGAGUCUUUGAAAGAAGCACUGAGCAAAGAGCCGGCAAAGGAAACAAUGAGCAAAGUGAACGUGAUUCUGGAUCCCGACACGGCACACCCUUUCCUGGUUCUCUCGGAGGACCUGACCAGCGUGAGAUGGGAAGACGGAUAUCGGGACCUGCCUGAGAACUCCGGGAGAUUUGACAGGGAAUUCUGCGUGCUGGGCUGCGAGAGAUUCACGUCGGGAAGACACUGGUGGGAGGUGGAGGUGGAAGAGGAGGAAGGGGCGAUGUGGGCCUUAGGGGUGGCGCGAGUUUCCCUCAGGAGGAAGGGGUGUUUCAGCUUCAGUCCGAAGGAAGGCAUCUGGGCUGUGGGGAAGAGACCGCACAGCCCACCUUGGCCUUGCCAGCUGUUUGGUUUAACUUCCCCUGAGUGGACUCCUUUGGCCUUGAGCCACGAGCCCAGGAAGAUCCGGGUGUCCCUGGACUAUGAAGGGGGCCAGGUCCACUUUUUUGAUGCCGAUUCAGAUGGCUUGAUCUUUGCUUUCCCUUCAGCCUCCUUCUCCGGGGAGAGGAUCCUGCCCUUUUUCCAGGUGGUCUCAGGGGUCACAAUGAAUUGCUGAAUUUUGAGGGGAAUCCUCAUUUACACCACACACACACACAAUCAUUAAUGGAGGCCCUGUCGACUACAAGCAUUGAGGUGGGGAAUCUGACGCCCCUCCAGAUGCUCCCAUCAUCCCUCAUGCUGGCUAGGGGCUGGUGGGAACGAUGAGCAACAUCUGCAGGGCCACAGGUUCCCCACCUCAGAUCUAUGCUGAAAUAUACU